AUGACCGCCACGGCGUGGAAAAAAGACAGGCAGCCCGAGAAGGCGUCCUCUAGUGCUCUACCCACACAGGAUCCCAGAGCCGAAGACUUCAUGAGCCCCUUUGCAAGUAUCAAAGAUGAUGCCAUUGACUCUGGCAUCAUAGCGUCCUUGGUGGCCUCAAUGGCUGACGGAAAGAGCUCCGUGAUCCACAUUUUUCCCGGCGAAGACACCCUGAUCGGCCGUCAAUCCCUCUGUAACUUCAAAGUCCCCCACCCCUCCUGCUCAAACACCCACAUCCGCAUCUACUCCGUCAUCUUCGAGUCCCGCUACGAGCCCCUGAUCUACUGCGAGGACCUCUCCCUCAACGGCACCUUCCUCAACGGCCGUCUCAUCGGCAAGGGUAAUAGCGUCCUCCUGAGCAACGGUGAUAGAAUCGACAUCAGGAAUGCUGCGUGCUUUAGGUUUAGUCAAGUGCUUGGUGAAAUUGCCCCCGAGGACAUCAUUGCCGAAGGUGAGAAACGGGCAUUUGCAAACUCGUAUGAGCUCUCGAGUAGAAUCCUAGGCGCAGGUGGGUAUGGGAGGGUGUAUAUGGCGUGGGAUGUGAAGACGCAUAGACAGGUUGCGUGUAAGGUUAUGGAGCUGAGGCCGGAUGCGAAGGGUGGGAAGAAGAAGAAUUGGGCUAGGUUGAGGGAGAUGUAUAUGAGGGAGGUAGAGGUCUUGAGAAGCUUGAGCCAUCCCAAUAUUAUGAGCAUCCAUAAAGCGUUCUCUACGAGCUCUAGAAUCUACAUCUUUGAAGAGCUCAUUACGGGUGGAGAUCUAUUCUCGCAUCUUGGGCAGAAGCUCUGCCUUGAUGAGAUUGAGGCCAUGCCUGUUGUGUGGCAGAUCCUGAAGGCGCUAGAGUAUUUGCACUCAAAGGGAAUUGUCCACAGAGAUCUCAAGCCCGACAACAUUCUCUGCACCAGCAACGUAGCCGGCUCACGAGUCGUCUUGACCGAUUUUGGCUCCGCCCGCUUCUUCACCCCCGCCACGAGAAUGACAAGUGCAGUCGGCACCCUGGAGUAUCUAGCCCCUGAAGUCAUCCCGCCAACCAGAGGCAUGGUCAGUAGUGGAUACUCGCAUGCAGUCGACCUCUGGUCUUUAGGUAUCGUUGUCUACGUCCUACUUUCUGGCUACUCCCCCUUUGGCGCCGAGAGCGGUCCUACGCUCCCGCCUGAUGCAGUCCUUGCUAAAGCUCGUUCUGGCGACCUUCGGCGUCUGGAAACUGGCGUCGAGUGGAGAGAUGUCAGCGGCGAGGCGAAGGACUUUAUCAGGUCCCUAAUCUGCGUUGACCCCAGGAAACGAAUGACGCUGGAGCAGGCAAAGAAGCACAAUUGGCUAGGUAGGCACGCAAAAGAGCUUGAAGAAGUCUAUAGCCGUGCUGUUGGGGACUGGUAUAGAAGACGCUCUAUCCCCGCAGAGGAGGAAAUCACUGUCCCAUUACAGAACUUCAAUCCCGCGCAGAGCCAUGCUCGUGCUGCAAGAGGUAACAGCAGCUUCACGCCGAGUCAUUUUGGGUUUGAGCCUGGAAGCUCUCUUGCCCGUCUUGAAAGGGCGGGGGUAGGUAGUGGUGAAGUAGCUAUAGAAGAAGAGGAAAUGUCUGAUGUUCCAGAGCUCCUAUUUGACCAGUUUACGCCCGGUAGUCCACAUCAUCUCAGCCCAGGGUUUGAGAGCACCGACGAGACCCAAGAUGGAGAGGAGGAUGAGUGGCGUGACAAUGCGCUGUAUACAGCGGAGGAGGACGAGCUACAUGAUGCGGCUGCGGGAGAUGGGAGGUUGAGGAGUGCUAUGGAGCUCUCGAGGGAGGUGGAGGCUAGGCGGGAGCAGAGGAUGAGAGAGUUGAGGGAGGGUGGUGAGGAGACUAUUAGGAGUAGGUUCUUUUAUUGA